AAACUAUGGAUUUACCACAUGACAGAUUCUGAUUAUAUGAAACACACUGACGCGCCUGGAAACUGAUAUUCCGAGCUAGCGAGUCACUGACUACUAGUAAGACGAACAUUCCUCAACAAGAAGCAGCGUGCUCAACUGUAGUUACCCCUUCAUGUCAUUCAAGAUUAGUUGAAGGUCACGAGAUAUGGAGAAUUAUACCAAAGCACGCACUGUGGAGCAGCCCUGCCCCUGUCCUUUCGCUGAUCUACCCAGUGACACUCCAGAGGUGCGAGUGAAAGAUGGAAGUAAGAUCCGGAAUCUGAUGAGAUUUGCCUUGAGUCGUAUGGAGGAGAAGCCAGCCAGUGUGGAAAGUGAGGGCGGCGAUGAGAACCCCGAGACAAACAAAGGAGCGCCGCAGAAAAUUUGUCGUCAGAUCCUAUUCACAGGGUCCGGACCCAGUGUGGCCAAAGCGAUCACGUGCGUGGAGAUCCUGAAGCGUCGAGUGCGAGGCUUGCACCAGCACACUCGUUUGCUCUACCGUACAGUGCAGGAGGUGUGGGAACCACUGGAGCCCGAGGCCGGUUUGGACAGCCUUACUGUCAGCAGAAAUGUGCCGGGCAUAUGGGUGCUGCUUUCCAAGGACCCGCUCGAUAAGAACCAGCCGGGGUACCAGGCCCCGGGUUGCUUUGAUGCCCUGUGGGCGCAGUCUGCCAGGGAGGAGGCAGAGGGACAGAGAACUGGUCAGAGGAGAAAGAGGGGAGGCGGAGCUGGUCGAGGAAAAGGCCCAGGCAGGCAGACUGGACGGCCACGUGAUGGACGUAAAACUCCAAAUCAGGGAGGGAACAGCCAAGAAUGAGUCCUGCAUGGAGUAGGGUGUUCCAGAGUUCUGUAUGUGAUGGAUAAUGGCUCUCACCGUAUGAGUCAAGGAUGUCUUUUAUGGUCAACGGGGACUGACCAAAGAACAGCAUUCUUAUAAAUGUGCUCUGGUCUAAUGACCAGAGAAAGAGUCUAAUGUAGACCAGAAGUCACACAGAUGCCUUAAAAGAAUGAAGGAUCUAUUUGGGUAUAAAAAUUCUGUG